AUGAAAAUCCCCAACCGUGUUAAAACAAAACGCUCCACCGGGAACAACGACGGCACGAGCAUCGUGGCUAGACUAUCCCGCGCAGUAUCCGAGUCCGGAAUCACGAACGCCACCAAGAGGGUCGCCAACGACGCCGCCUACGUCUCGAAGAAGCUGUUGAAGAGCACUGGAAAAGCGGCAUGGUUGGCGGGGACAACGAUCCUUAUACUUGUGGUGCCACUUAUCAUCGAGAUGGACCGUGACCAGCAAUUCAGUGAGCUUCAGUUGCAGCAGCAGAGCCUCCUUGGCUCACGCCCUCCUCCCAAGUAAAAUGAUGAGAGAAAUCGCUUCCAUGGAUGAGUUUGAAGGGUAUUUGAAAAUUUGCAGAGGAGU